UGUUUGGGAAAAAAACAUUUUUGAUGGUUUUGAAUUUCAAGCUUGAAAUUAUUGUUUGUUCUCCAUCCUUUAUGAUGUCAUUGCAAUGUCAUUGUGAUGUUGUUGCAGCGUCAUGAUGUCAUUGCAAUGUCAUUGUGAUGUCAUAAUGGUCCCUACACUAUAUAUUUAGCAGGCUAGCAAGCCAAAGCUCAGUUGUUUUCUGACAACACACUUGUUUAGACCUUUCUAACAAGGUAAGUUAUAGAAGUUAAUUGUAUCUAUUAAAUUGACACUAUGGGUCAACAAAAUGUCUUUGAAUAUAUAGAUAUGUGUAAUAUUUAAUAAGAAGGCAAGUUAUGGAAGCAGAUUAUAUCUUAUAGCUGGACAUUACCGGGAAAUCAAACUGUAUUUAACUGUAUUACUGGGGGUUCAGAGGCAGUUGGAGGAAAUGCUCUAUUGUAGGUUUUCUUGUCAUUCCCAGUUCAUUAGACUAAUUGCUGUAUUUUGUUUGUGUUUCAGAAAUUACACCAAGAAGAAAAUGAAUACACUUUUUAUUAUCAUUAUUCUGAUACGGAUAACAUUCCAAAUGAUUGCUUUAGAAAGCGAUGCAAAGAUUGAUUUACCCAAGAUGGACUGUCCUGCCACCUUAAUGUUUGAGCAGAUUGCAUUUCUGCAGGAUAUGAAUGUUGAACUUCCUUGCCGAUGUAAGCCUGAUGGCACCACAUCAGUGAUAUGGUACUACAAAAGGCAUCUUAACAGCAAGCACAUCACAUUGUUUAAGGAUAGCGUCAAAGAUAAAGUGAUAGUGGAUAGUGCAAGAGAUAAGGACCAAAACGAUUUGUAUGCAAGGUUUGAUGUCAUCGACUUAGACCUCACGAUUGUCGGCGCCCAUCCUGAUGACUCUGGCAUUUAUAUCUGUGGCUCAAAGACAGGCGAGUUCUAUUAUGGUUAUGAACUUGAUAUCCAGCGAUCCACUGAUGCCCGAGUGAUAUUCAGUGACAAGGAUGAGCAACCCCUUCCAGAUAUUAAUACAGACGGAUUUCAAGCCUACACCAGUUUUGGACAAUGGUCCAAAUGCGAUCGAUGUGGAGUUAGAGGAGAGCAAAGGAAAUUGGGCCUGUGCACUGCCAGGAGCCCGUACAUGAAUCCACGUUUCCAAAUCAAAGGCGACGACGUUUCAUGUGGUUCAGACGCCGUCCCUGAAAGAUUCAAGCCACUGAUUGCCAAUCGGCCAGCGGAGAUAUUUUUCAGGAGUUGCGAAGUCGCCUGUGCCGAGAACAAACCAGGCAUGCUGGGAAAAGUUGUGAAUGCCGCAAACAAUCUGUCAGCGUAUUUGAAGAAACGCUUUGGUUUUCUUCCAACACACAAGUUGCCCACUCAGAAGUAUGUUUCUACUUUGGGUGGAAAAGUGACGUUUACAUGUCCAGGAUCAAAACCAGACGAUGCAGUAGCCUGGGACAAAGAUGACGAGAGAUUGUACCACAGCGAAUACCUGAUAGGAACAAGCAAAUACAUGAACCUUUUCAUUGACCAUGGGAACAAUCUACACAUUAAAUUUGCACAAUUCACGGAUAAAGGACUGUACACUUGCUGGCUUAACGGAAAGCAAAUAUCAUCUAUCAAGUUGACUGUGAGCAAAGAACCACCCAAGCGCCGCAAACUCACCGAUGCAGACACCCUUUUUGCUGCCAAGGUCCUUGGCUUCUGUUUUCUAGUCUGCACAGUAUUAUUUUUCAUCAUCUUUUUCAUCAAGUGUUGCUGCUACUACUGCAAAUGCUGUCCUAAAUUCAGUCCUGAAAAUGAAGUUUAAAAACUGCCAAGCCUACUAAGAUGUUCCUAGAAAAACGUGAAACUAAUAUUUUUUAUUUUUAACAUUUUAACUAACUCAAUAAACUUUUUAUAAAAAAAAUAAAUCAUCGUGUCCUAUUUUCAUUGUAUAGUGACUUCUGCAACCUUUUAAAAUGAAGAGGAAUGAGGUGGGGUUGGGCAAAAUGUCCAGGAUAUUUCAGGCCACCAAGUUGAAGAAUAGUCAUUUUCUUUACUGCUGUUUAUUGAUUGGGGUAUUUGUUCUUAAUUGCAAGGGUUGUGGAAACAAGUUUAUAAUGAGGAUUAGUCCAUAAGGAGCCAACAUCACAUGGGGCUAAUCUUGGAAUUUCAUCCAGUACAACCCAAGCUACUUCUUUAUUCGGUUUUUCUUUGCUGGGUCUUUCUCACUCCUCCUGUUACACCAAGUUAGAAUCCUCAAUAUCAAUAUGUACAUGACAGGUGAGCUCAGUUGUGAUCUGACAACACUCUUGUUCAGACCCUUAUAAUAACCAGGCAAGUUUAUGUUAUGGAAAUUCAUUAUAUAUAUAUUCAAAGUAU